GGCAGGCUCUGCAGUGCGUUCGCAGUCGCACGGAGGUCACGUUUGAUGCUCGCGGCUGGCCACAUUCCCUCCUAGCGCCUGCCGACAGGCUGUGGGCGGUGGUGCAGGUGCUUCGCCCCAUAGCGAGCACAAUCCAAGGUUCACACACGCCGACUGCGCCCACUACGCCCAAGCAAAGACCCUCGCCAAUCUGCCCACCGACACGCCGCGACAGAUCGCAGUAGCGCGUCAGCCCUCUUGCCGACCUGUUGUCCCUUCUGCGCGCUGGCGUAGCUGCUGCAGCUGUGACAUCCUAGUUCAGGUUCAGAUUAGGCCGCAAUCCUUCAGAGGCGGGAGAAGCGCCGGCGGUCUUGUGCGCUGUGUGCUGGCUCUGACUGCACCUCUGCCAAAAGCACGCCUGUUCUAUUCCUAGCCGCGACGACCAGAACCCAGCUCUCCUCAUUGCUAGGCGACCGGGGCUCAGAGAUGGACGCACACCGCGGACGCUCGCCCUCGGCGGGUCAGACGAGCAACCAUAUAAGGCACUCGACUUCGGCAUCGCCGCACCCGUCCCCUCUGGCAUCAUCCUUCGACGGCGCCGCAAACAGUGCCACCCUCCAGAACACCAGCCUCACUACCGAUGCUUUCGCGACAGGCCUGAAUGUAACGUCGGGCCAGUUCAGCGACCCGACCUUCAACACCGACUUCUCGUCUCAGGCGCAAUUCGGCCUGGCCCCCACCUACACUGCCUUCCCAGAUCAGUCGCAACAGCAGACGCUGGCCAACAACACGUCCAACCACAAUUACUUGCAGUCGCAAGGCUUUCAGGAUCCCAACGGCGUCAGCAGCGCCUUUCCCACCUUCGACGCGAACUUUGGCUCGAGCUCGAGUCUCGAUCCAAACGUCCUGGACGGCGUCGAUCCCUCCGGUCUAGAUCUGCUCAAUCAGCAACCCGGGACCAACACGACGAUCAACCAAACGCUCGAUCCUAUGGCGGCCAUGACACAGUCGCAUUCGCCCACCCCACCGCACCUCUUCGCCGAGCAACAAGCCAGACGGCUGUCAGGCAGUCCCAGCCCACAUGCCUCCCCACGAUUCCAGCAAGCGAGCUAUGCGCAGCAAAUGAACAGACCGCGAAUGAAUUCAGAGUCGCUCGAUCCAUCGAGUGCUCGGUAUCCCCAAGGUGGAAGUAAUGAGUGGCAGCACAUGGGCGCAUAUCGAUCGCACCAGCGGACACCCUCAGACAACCUUUCGGAUAUCUCCUCGAACCAUGCAGCGUCGCCGCACAUCGGUACGCUGGACGCUUUUGAGCACUCAUCGCCUAUGCUCAAUCCUGCCCAAGAUCCGACGUUUAACACUGGUUUGGGCUUUGAGAACUUCAAUCUCAAUGAGCAGCAGCAGCAGUUUUACAGUCCUGGACACAGCCCCGGCCACUCUCCACAUCUCAUGCCACAGUCACAACAGACAUUGCCGCAAUUCACAGCUGACAAUAAUUUUGGACUGACAUCUACGAUGAACGGACAGUUUAACACUCAGAAUGGCGGCCUUGAGAUGUUCCCAGGUUUAGGACAAGAAGCAUUUCCAGCAGCUAAUCUCGACAAUCAAAGUCCCGGUGGUGGGAUGGCAGACCAUAUGAGUCCUCCCGAGAUCAACAUCGACUUCGCGCCUCCCUCAAGAGUUCCUACGGAGAAUAUGGGCAUAGAGAAGUCGGCAGAUGCGCUGAGCCCUCCAAUCCGAACAAAUCGUGUGCGUGCCAAAUCAGACUCGCACGCAGGAUCUCGAUCUCCUUCUCCAGCAUUGCUAGGAGGGCGGGGGCGCUCACCAUCAGCGGGCAGUGAGAGUCUGCUGGCUGUCGAUGAUUCUCGCAACGGCUCGCGGUCCUCGUCACCUGCUCGAGGCCGGAGCGGAUCGGCAGGUCGCGCGCGUAGCUCAAGCAAUGCUUCGGACCAGCGCGACUACAUUCUGGAUCUGGCCGACCCGGCACGAUCGCCUAGCACAGGUGGGGACAGUAAGCGUGUGCAAAAGCAUCCAGCCACGUUCCAAUGCAACCUGUGCCCGAAACGCUUCACUCGUGCGUACAAUCUGCGGUCACAUUUGCGGACACAUACCGACGAGAGGCCAUUCGUCUGCACAGUCUGCGGAAAAGCCUUCGCACGACAGCAUGAUCGGAAACGACACGAAGGCCUGCAUUCCGGCGAAAAGAAGUUUGUGUGUCGAGGCACACUUCAGACUGGAUCGCAGUGGGGUUGUGGCAGACGAUUCGCGCGCGCCGAUGCUCUUGGGCGUCAUUUCCGAUCCGAGGCCGGUAGAGUGUGUAUCAAGCCACUACUAGAUGAGGAAGCGGCAGAGCGGCAGAAGGCGUUCAUGGAAGAACAACAAGCAGCACAAGUCGCGCAAGGCCUUGUUGCACCUCAGCCUAUGAUGGUACAACCAGAGCUGAACAUGGGCAACUUUCUACCGCAAGCAUUGCUUGCACAAUAUCCUGCUCUACAGCAUAUUGAUUGGAACAGCAUACCCUCAGGCGCGCCACCGGACGAGGAUGCAUACAGCGGACGCAGCUCUUUCGAUGCAACGGGCAGCGGCUACGAGGACUACUCGGAAAACGAACAAAACAGCUUUGGUCAGCAGGAUCAAAACAUGACCGGAAUGAAUAUGAACAUGAACAACAUGAAUCAAAUGAACAUGAUGGGCAUGAACCACAUGGGAGGAAUGCAGCAGCAACAAAAUCAGUCGCAAUUUGGCGCGUACGGCGGAAACGCCACCGGAGACUAUCUGAGUGACUUUGAAGGUCGAUAGGAGCAGCGAGUCACUUUUCUGACAACAUGGAUGGCGUCAGUAUAUGACGGGGCGGCUAUGACUUGUUUUUCAGCGCGACAAUUCGUUGUUCUGCUGCAUCAUCUUUUGCGCGUUGAUACCACCUGCUCUCGGCGCGGCAGCUGAGUGAGCUAGGAUAAGCAGGAGUUGAGGAAUAUCACGAUACCAUACCCGAAGAUAGAUCGCUUGGAAUGACAAGUUAUUCAGUGCUU